GGAGCAGGACAGGUCGGUCGAUGCGAGGCGAGCACACACACACACGGCGUGGCUCUCGGCCUCCAUUUGCCAGUUUGUGUUCGAUGAGCUCAACCGGAGCUUCGUUUGUUUGUUUAUUUGUUUGUUUUCUUCCUCCACGCCGACGGACAGGACGCUGCUGUGAACGCGACCGUCGCGAGGUGUUUAUCCGAGUUUUAAAGGGGCCAAAUGCAGUGUGAAGAUUAGAGCCGUUCACUGUGUCCGACUCUGAACUCACGUUCAUGGAGAACGGCCCUGCAGUGGAGGAAGAUAGAAGCUCCAUCUCAGCUCCCUCCUGCUUUGUCCCUUUUUUAUCUCCCAUCAUGGCAACAGGACCUGACUUCACUACUGACUCCAUAUUGGAGAGUAAAGCCAUUGCAAUGGCUAGCAUUGACUGUAGCUCUAUCUCUUCGCCUGCUGAAGCAAGCCCAGCCAAGCCGGCUGAAACAUCUACAUCCAUAAUUGAAGACACAUUUGAUCACAACUCAGAUACCUCACACAUGGCCUCUGCAUCAGACUCCUUAAAAUGCUCAGAGAUGAGUAUUAUCAACAUGUCAGAUUUCUCGCCUUUGUCGACUGCAUUGUCGUCAGCCACAUUUGGGGCUCCGGAACUGAAAAACGACUUUCCUACUGUGCUUACCUUCAAAGGCGUCAGCGUGACGUUGGAGAACAACGGCAUCUGGAAGCAGUUCAACGAAUGUGGAACCGAGAUGAUUCUCACAAAGCAGGGGCGCCGCAUGUUCCCUUACUGCAGGUAUCGCCUGUCCGGUCUGGACCCCGAGCAGCUGUACAGUCUUGUCCUGUCCAUAGUGCCGUCUGGUCAGUUCAAGUACCGCUGGAGCACAUCCAAAUGGGAGGCGAGCGGGGAGGCGGAGCACCAAACCCAGGGUCUGAUCCGAGCCUUUUCACACCAUUACUCGCCCUGUCGAGGCUCGGAGUGGAUGAAUUGCUUGGUGUCCUUCUAUAAACUCAAACUCACCAACAACUUCCAGGACCAGGACGGUCACAUGAUCCUGCACUCCAUGCAUCGCUACAUUCCAAGGCUUCACAUUAUUCCUCUUCCUGACGGGGACCCGCCCACAGCUGACAAACCUGUGGUUUUAGGACCCGAGAGCAUGACCUUUACCUUUCCACAAACUGAGUUUAUGGCGGUAACAACAUACCAGAAUUUUCGCAUCACUCAGCUGAAAAUUAAUCACAACCCUUUUGCAAAGGGAUUCAGGGAAGAUGGGCACAAUUCUCGACUUAACAGAAUUUCUGUGCCUGUGAUGAAGACGGGGGUGCAGCCUGACGAUUUCAAUCCUGCUGAACCAGGUGAACACCAGGAGGAGAUGAUGGAUCUCAGCACAGCAAGUGGUGUUGCUCCUCCAUCAUCAAAUACACAAGAGACCAAACAUGUGCUGAAGCCUAUAAUGUCUAACCUAUCUGGUAGUGGUGCCUCAUUUGUCCCUUGUAUUAGAGGCAAACAUGCGCUGGGUGAGAUUGUGCUCGUCAAUAAACAUGCUGAUGACGAACCCAAUGAAAAUGGCACAGUCACCAGUACUCCUAAUGUGCAGGAACGCUUGAGUGUGACGUCUUUAGCACUAUCCAUUACACCUGGUUCCUCAACCUCCACCCCAGUAUCUACACGUCCGUAUCUCAGAAAGAAGAGGAAGAAGGUCAAGAGACGUUGGGGGAUAGAUUACCGGCCAAGAAUGUGGAAAACCGCUUCUGCCACCACCCCCACUGUAGUCCCCAGCCCAUCAGUGACUGUCGCUAUGCAACCAGAGCUGGAUGAUAUUGAGGGCAUGCUGUUUGCAUCAUUUACUACAAAGGAGGCUUUGGAGGUUCAUGCCAGAGAUAGACCAGCAAGUGUCUUAUCAACAGAAUCUCCUAUUUCCUCAACGAAGCCAAUACAGUUGGAGGAAAUAAUGGUGGUGAAUCCAAAGACGGUGGAGGAGAAGAUGUCUCAACUGGAGUCUUCGCUGCUGAACGAUCUGAGCGUUUUCAAACACAGACAGGUCAUCCAUCCUGUGCUGCAGGAGGUUGGCUUGAAGUUGAGUUCUUUAGACCCCACUGUGCACGUUGACUUGAACUAUCUGGGGGUUCAUCUGCCUCUACCUUCUCCAGUCCUAAGUGAAGAAAGCAGUACAGCUCCAUCUCCUGCUGAUGAGGGAUUACCCUUUAUCUCCAGAACCGGAAAGACAAGUGACAUGACUAAAAUAAAAGGAUGGAGAAACAAGUUCUCAACUAUCCAAGAAACACCUGCUUCUAAUUGUGACGUACCACCAAAGAACCUGUCUGCCUUCUGCAGCAACAUGUUGGACGAGUACUUGGAAAGUGAAGCUCAGCAAAUCAGCGAUCGAGCUGCUGCUUUCUCCACAAACCCUGAGAGCUCAGUGACCUACCAGCUGCCGGCCAAAAGCUCCAGCUACGUGAAGACCCUGGACAGUGUACUCAGGCAUCAAAACGCUGCAUCCCGGGUCCCAGAGGCCCCCAACAGACCAUGCCCCCUGUCUCGCAAACCCCCACCUUACAUGUCUCUGAGGUCACAGGUGUCCCCUCUGACCAGCCCUGAACCCCAACGUCCUGCUGACCCUCAGCCCACAUCCUCAUCCACACACCCGGACUCUUCCUCUGGAAAUGGUUUUAUUUCACGAAGGUUAUUGACAAUCGAAGCAGCAGUGUGUAAGACUCCUCCUCCUCCCGAGAUGCUGGGUCAGAACCAAGCACAAAAAGCUAUCUCCAGCCAGGACCAGCUGUUUGAGGAGAGGGCAACCUUGAACCAAGCCCUGAGCAGAACACGCCUGACUCCAGAAAGAGUAACGAUGGCUCUGUCAGCACUGACUCAGCAGACACGGCCCCAUCAGAUCGCAAACCCGCCUCCGGUUCCUCAUACCGAUGAGGAACCUAAAUGUGGCCGUGAGUUCUGCAGAUUGGGUUGUUUGUGUUCCAGUCUGCAGCGUCAGGAACAAGAAACCACCCACUGCGGACAGCCUGAGUGCAUGUUUGACUGUACCUGCUCCAACACUGUGACUAAUAUGGAGCAGUCGGCUCAAUCUCGCCCAAGUUUCAAUACUGAACUGUGGAAGGGUGACACCUUGAAAAGUGAUUCGGAUGCACUUAAUGUUCCUAAAGGUUCUGAAUCUUUGGUCCCAGCAAAGGUCCAGAAACGCAGCGAACCUCACCCAGUGCCUGUGAUACGUGAAGAGGAUAAGGAUUUUGUGUAUAAGUAUUUGGAGAGCAAGUUGACCUGUGCACGUGUUCGAGCGUUCGACAGCGAGCCUCCUCCUGUGGUCACCUUAAACAUUGAGACUGUGUUUAAACCAAAGGUUGCCAAAACCCCUCUAAACUUCACUCAAACCUUGUCUAAAAAGGACUACAAGCCUCUUGUGACGAGUCAAAAAUCAGAAGAAAAGCCAUCUCAGGAAAAAGAAUCAAAGAAGCAGAUCCACAUCCACUCACUCUGUCAGUGGAAGAAGGACCGUAAAAAGGUUCUGGAAGGUCUGUACGAACGCUUGAAUCAGAAUCGGCUUCACCAGCGUUUCUUCGUCGGACCUUACUGCAUCAGGCCGGUCUCUAAAGUCACCCUGCGGAAACCCAGUGGCUCAGUCGUCACCUACAGGAUCCAGAUCAAAAAACCAAACCAUGUCAGUGACUAUGAAGAGGAAUCUGAUGAUUAUGAUGUCUAUGACAGUGAUGAGAAUGCUAAUUCAGAGGAGGAAGAUGAGCUGGUUGAGGAUCCAGAGAUGUGGUAUGGGGUCGCUCCCUUCCUGAGGGGUGUGGUACCGGCUGGCUGUCUGAGCGCCAAGAAAAGAUCCAUCGGCUACAAAGCUACUGGACUUAUAGAGGUAAAUGGGAAACAUUACAAUUAUGCCAGACUGGCACUUGGAAACAUGGGAUCUCUGCAUCCAGCUAACCGCCUCGCAGCCUUCGUCACAGGCCGACUAGCCGAUCCAAAAGCACCUCCUAAAACGGUCCCUCUGCAUCAAAGCUCUGUGAUUAAAUCCGUCGCUGCAGGAUCAGUUCCUAACACCUCUGCCUGCAAAAUGGUUCUUCCAGGUGCCGUUGAAAAGGCUCGGACAACAAAUUUACAUCCUGCAGUUGAGCUCUUAAAAUCUCUCAAUAAAGGGUCAGUUGCCAUGCAUCAGCCUUCACCAAACUCCCCGGCAAUCUACCCAGUCCAGUUAUUAAUCCCAAUCCAGCCUCUGCCUCAGCCUCAGAACAGCUCCACGUCUUUGUCCGGCUCGCUCACCGUCUCGCCGUCACUGAAGAACCCUGCCUUCCUGGCUCAGAGUGGGACGUAUACAUUCAGAAUCUGCCCUCCGUCCAACCAGGCUGCCGGAGGCCAGAAUCCACCUGGAGUUGUCCUGCCUGGAGGUUUCACUCUCAUCGAACUCCCAAAACCCGGACCCGACGGAGCCCCACAAGAAGUCAAACCUCCUCCUCCUCCUCCUCAGACAACAGAAACAGGCAGCACAGCUCAGGAUAAAGACGCCGCCUCUAAUCUGAGCACCAUGGCAAAACAGUUCGUUGGUUUUGAAACUCUUAGUAAAGUUAAAGACCUGCUGCGCAGGAGGUUGGCCCAGUCCACUUCAUCUCCAGGUCCGGUUUCUGAUGAGAAGGUACAGUCUGUGGAAAACAGUGAGGCUGAAAACAGGCCGACAUCGUCACAGGAGUCAAACUUUGAUUUCUCCUCAGAAGAAUUCAGCUCUGACUUUUCAGAUGAAGAAGAGUUUGAUGAUGAUGGGUCCGUGGACAUUGAAACUGUAGAAGAAGGAAAACAGGUAGAGGUCAUUGCUAAAAUGAAGGAAGAUGCUUUAAAGAACAAUCUAAGAAUUUUCACUGGUGGGCCUCACAGACCGGAUAAACACAAAGUCCCAUGCAGACGCAGGAACCACAAAACAUUAGAAAAGCAGAGACGUGUUCAACAUGGAGAACUCUUGCACAAACUCCGGGAGGUCUUGAACAUGCACUCCAAAACCUCCGUAGUCCACCUCCUCUCCAAGGCUGUAGAAGAAGUUCAGAAUAUGACAGAGACGUCCAAACGUCUCAAAGAGGAGGAAGAGAAGUUGCUUCAGAAUCAGCGUGCUUACGUGCGCAGGUUGUCCUUAGAGUCAGGGAAGUCUGAAGUCCUGAUCCAGAACAAGCUAAAGGAGAUUUUUGAGCGACAGAAACAACGGGAGAAGAACUUGAAGUGGAAACCGGUCUUUUCCCACAUGCUGGAGAGCAGAGCUGCUCUCCUUCAGGCCACGGCUCCCCAGCCGUCCAAACAGAGAACAGACAAUUUAAAUAUGCUACUAACCAUGCUUCAUCCUACAAAAUCCAAGGAACCUGCCGCAGAUCCAGCAUCUGGACAACACCCUCCUCCGUCUCAGGCGGCGGUCCUCCCAUGUCCGACGSUCACCGUCCCACCGUCACAGCAUGGUGAGCCUCCUUCGACUGAGAGUCAGGAAGCAGAACCAAAAGCGCCCUCAGAACAAGCUCAAACAAAUGCAUCCCAAACUGGACCCCAACCUGGAUCUUCAGCACCCAUGGUGUUGUCUCCACAGCUGCUCGCUUCUCUUCCUCUGAUUCGCUCCAAAACUGGCAGACUCAUCCUUCCUUCAUCUCUGAAGCCAAUUGGUCAAGGCUUCUAUACCCUCAUGAUGAUGGAACCCAAGCCGAAGGAAGAGCAGAGUGAGGCGGGCUCUUCAUCAAUCGUCCAGCCUUCUGACGGGGAAUCGAACAAGAGCUUAGAGAAAAACACCCCUCCAAUCGAGCAGCUUGUUUUGGAAAACAAAACUAUCGUGGAAGACAAAGCUGGAACAUCUGAUUCUAAUCCAAGGACCCCAGGAGAUCUUACUCCACUGGCCGAACCGGACUCUAACCAACCAAUCGCCCCGCCUUCGCUGGAUGUCAAAGACUCAGACUUGGCUGUGACCCAGCCUCCAGCUGCUGUUCACCUGUGUUUUAAUCCAGUGGAUCCUCCUCCUCUUCCUCCUCCUCCUCCUCCUCCUCCUCAGAAGCCUGAUCCCAGCCUUCCGGAUGGUCGCCGUCGCAGGGGCAGGCCUUUGAAGAGAAAAGGUCGUGUUGCAGUCAAAACGAAAGUGAGCGGCGGUGGCAAUCCUGGAAAAAGCCUUUCAGCGGAAACAGGAAAUAUGGAGGUACAGGACGAUGUCAGUGAAGCAGACUGGUACCCUACAACAGCCAAACGAGGCAGAGGUAGACCUCCAAAAAAAGGUUCAGCUAAUUCAUCAUCGAAACAGUCCACAUCCGAUGACGACGACAGCCCCAUUCGAUUUUCAAUUGGCAGUUACAAAAGCCCCGAUUCGACGCAGUUCGAAGGAGAUGUGUACACGUCUCGACCGCUCACACGAGGCUCCCUAGGGAAGGACUUCCCCAGUGCCAAGAAACGCUCCUGGAUAGACAUGGAGAGGGAGCUGGAACCGGACCUGGACCUGGACCUGGAAUAUACCUAAACUCCACUAACACAGGUGGAUGUGGCAGCUGCAUGUCAAAAACUUAGUCUUCCCUUCAUAACCGGAGAAUUUUCUCUGUUUUUGUCUGCCGGUUUUUAGCGUCAUUGUACGUUGGCUGUUUGAAAGCCAAAGGAUCAGGAGAGCUCGUCUCUUCAGUGCUGCUCUUUUUUUACAAUUGUUUUUUUUUUCUUUAUAAAGAAAAAAGCAAACAUACUGGACUUUUCUUUCAUAUGACAGAAGAUUAAAAAAAGCAUUAAAUGACCUGUUGAAUGUAUGACUGAAGCCUGCUGGAGGUGUUAGUUUUCAUGGUUUUCUAAAAUAUAGUUUUGUUUAAAUCAUUAGUUUUUUUAUAAACAUGUUUCUGACAGUCACUACUUGAAGCUGUUUGUGAUUCCUUUUAUGCAAAAAAAAAAAAAAAAAAAGAAUCAGUGAGUGUGUAGAAUUAAACCACUGCACGGCUCAAAGCUUCCUAGUUUUGAUAAAAAAAAUUUUUUUAUGAACUUACAAUGCUCAUUCCAUUGUUUUUUGUCUAAAACAGAUCAAAUUAACUAGUUGCACUUUAAACUAUCCACUGAAGCUCCUACUGUUUUCUGUCUGUUUAGUAACAUUACUUAUAUGUAUUUUUGACCUAAAAUAUUGAAACAAUAAAAAAUAGUUACUCAUGUUUUGUGUGCAUAAAAUAACCAGGAUGGAUUUUUUUUUAUGUAUACGUUAAAACAGCUUUUGUAGGUUAAUUUUGAGACACUGGUUUAUUGAGUCAAAUUAAUAAAAUAUCUUGUCUAUAAUAAAAUAAAAAGGGUUUUGACAUAUUUA